AUGCAUUCGCUAAGAGGAUGGAAUUGGCUGGUCUUGGGGAAUGUGGUGGGUUUGGUACACGGCGCUGCGGUGCCUGUCAUCACACCUGCACCAAGACCAGAUGUUCGAUCGCUACAACAUAGACAAGAUCCUGAUGCUAUCGAGAUCUUGCAAGUGCUCAUUACUGCACUACCACUUUCGCUAAGACAGAUGGCUGCAACAAACAUACCCGCCGUAUCGAGCAUACUAUGGGAGGAAUUCCUAGACGACAACCGACCGCAAUGGUUCGAAGAGCUGCCAUACGACAUACAAUCCUACUUCAUACAAGAGUUCGGACCAGCGACGGCAGCACCACCUGCAAGCGAAGCACUGCCAACCGACGUCACCGUAUCACCAACGGCAUUACCCUCAGAGACUGCUUCAAAUGUGGACUCAUCGAUAUUUGAUGCCAUCCUCUGCGAUAUCAGGAUCCGAAAGUUUGAGCACGACUUCUACGCCUACGGCAUCUUCGAGCAGUUCUUCAAGCGAAACUACCAGCGUGGUAUCUUCCUCUGGAUCUUCUUCCGAAUCUUCGACCACACUAGCGACCUCAUCAUCAUCGUCAUCGUCAUCGCAAUCGUCAUCUUCGGAAACUACCAUCCUGUUGCACCCGCUUCCAGCGAUGCUGGCCUGACAAGACGUGAAAAAAUCGGACUUGGUGUGGGUGUACCAUUAGCAGUACUUGCUAUCGCUGCAUUAUUGCUUGCAUGCUGCCUGAUUCUGCGCCGAAAGAGAAGGAGGUCCAUUGAAGGCAGCCAACCUCCGUCAUCCCCGGGCUUCAUUCCCCGUUUCUCGUUUCAGGACCGAGGAUUGGGCGGUGAGAAUUUCGAACACAGGCGGCCUUUGAAUCCCGCAUCACACCAGACGAGCCGUUUCGUUGAGGACAUGAACUGGGAGGAUGAUGGCUAUGAUCCGGCUCCCAUGUCUACAGCCUACCAUGGCCAUCAGAUCCCACCAGCUGCAGCACCUACACCGUCUCAGGCAAACAACAUUGCGACUGCAGGCAUUCCCCACCCUAAUGAUGGUAAUUCAAUGCCGUCAGAGUCAACACCAAUGGCGAUGCAAGAUAAUCACACACCUAUCCUGGCGCCCGCACUCUACCACAGCCACUCGUCGAAUCGUGCGCGCGGCCGACGAACAAGCUAUAAGAGCCUGCAUUCAGUGGCCGAAGUGACCGAGCCCGACGAAGAAUUGAACGGAGACUCUCCGGUGCUAGGUCGCAACAACUCACCACCAAAGACAGGCCCGCGGAGACCCAGUAUGUCCGCUCUAGACACGCUUCCUGUCCCCGCCGUGGCGAGCAUAAAACGCAAACCUGUCCCCACCAGUCCCAUCAGCAGCCUAGCAGCCGAAGCGUCGCGAGGUCUCCUCCGCCCUUCUCUCGCCUACAACAGCGCCGACCACAGCGGAAGCAGUUCCUCUGGCCUUGCCGUCUCCAGCUUAUCCAGUAACUCCGGCCAUGGAUACCAAUCCGACGAUUCCGGACCCAUCUCUCCCAUCACCCACCAGCAGCCCUCGUCGAAUCCUUUUGCAGGCGGAUAUGCAUACCUUGAAGACUACGGCCCUGAGUACUCAAACAACGGGUAUACCGACCAGGACGAUGAGCUUUAUGGUGGACAUAGAAGCUUCGAUCGGUACCCAGAUCCCAGUUCGUCUCUCAAGAAGAGCAGCAAGACUGAGUGGCCGUUGAGAAACGUCAUGGGUGGUGGGCAAAAGAGGACGAGAAGUCCCAUGUGGGAUCGCGUUUACGAACGCGUAUGA